UCCGAGAGCCUCGACCUAUUUCAAACGAAUCUUCGUAGGCCUAUAGGCAAACCUUGCCAAGAAACUGACAGAUUGGGCUACAGGGACGGGCAAGGGUUGUUGGGCCAACUGGGAGCUAGUUGAUCGAUCAUUACUUCACAUCCCCUUGCCAGUGCCAAGUUCGACUCGUGAGCCCGAGUGCCAAGUUGCCAUGCUGCAAAUUCAAACAUCAGGCAAGCCCUAGUGCCUCAUUGUACAUUGUACUGCCUUGAGAUGACGCCCGCUAGUGGAAUACAAAUAGUGAGCAGGUCCAUAUGAUACACGAUGUACCCCAAAGCAACACCCAAUAAUGCGCUCACUGGUACUUUUCUGCAUCUUCCUUUACCUCGUUGGAGUCAUCCAAGCUGCACCUACUACAAAUACAACUACUAGCACUAGUAGCGGCAUUCCUGAAGUCCCAUCAUUCACAAAUAGAACCCUGUGGCACAUCCUCUCGAGCUGCGUUCUUGCUAUAUUCGCGUGCAUUUACAGUGCCAUUCACCCUAAUAUCCCGAGUCCUAAGGACAGCUCCGUUCUUAUUCUAUGGCGACGACUUGGCACCAUGAUAAUGGCACUAAUCACUCCUGAAGUGAUCGUCUUAUGGGCCAUGCGCCAGUGGUUCAGCACUCGUUAUGUUACCAAACAGUUUGAGGAAUCAGGAUAUUUCGGUGUUCCUCCGCCGCAGGAGCAGCCUGGAGAUUAUGGGUCCAUCCAAGCAACUGCGGAGCAAUAUGUUGAAGAUCGUGAUAGCACCCGGCUUCUCAUAGCACAUCCUGAAGCACCCACCUCAAUAUAUGGGGGAACUCAUGCUCUUGCGAGGCCGUUCAAAUAUUUGUUUAAGACAUAUGUUUCAGAGCAAUCUGAAGAUUAUUCGUGGACUCAGACGCACAGUUUCUUUGUGCUGAUGGGUGGUUUCAUGCUUUACGUGGACGGGAAACCCUACCUUACACUACAACCUGAUGAUAUUCUCAAACUGAUAUGUAAGGGGUUCAUCGACGCCCCUACCCUAAUGGCAAAACAAAUCGAGGACAGGAGCAAAGGCAAUGCGAUAUCGAAAGGAUUAAUCAUCCUUCAAGUGGGCUGGUUUGUCAUGCAGCUCAUCACUCGCGCCAUUUAUCACCUCGAAAUUACCCAGCUCGAAGUGGGGACACUCGCUUUUGCGGUUCUCAAUUUCCUAGUUUAUGCUGUGUGGUGGAACAAGCCUCUUAAUGUGCAAUGUCCAUAUCCAGUGUACUGGAAGUCAACCGAGUCAAGGCCAGAAGAUUACAUUAAUGACGCGGUUGAAGAAAAAGAACCCACUGGGCUCAAAGAGUUCUUGGAUUUGGGCAUUUUCCCAAUUCUAGAACUGAUGGGCGCAUCCACAUCUCAAAAGCUCCAAGUUCCAACAUUUGAUGGCAGCAUCAAAUUCGAUAAUUUGGAUAUGACAGUUCUUAUGCUUUCUGCGUUGCUUAUAGCAACCAUAUUUGGCGGCGUCCAUUGUAUAGCUUGGUUUCUUUCCUUCCCCACAUAUCAGGAACAAGUCCUAUGGCGCACGAGUGCCGUCGUUACAACUUGCACACCCUCGGUUAGUCUUUGUUUUUUGUGCAUUGCAGGGAUUUUUGUCAAAUCCGAGUCACAUGCAUUCCGAAUUAUCGCUGUGCUUUUGUUCGCCAUAUCUUCCAUAAUGUAUGUCACAGGACGUGGCGUCCUCUUGAUACUCAUGUUCACCACUUUGCGCAAUCUUCCUCCUGACGUAUACAAGGUGGUGUCAUGGACCGCUUUGGUGCCGCACUUGUAGUUCUUGGUAAUGGUACUUGCGUUCAUACUUUCUAGUCAUAUUCACGCACUGCCAUACUCGUAGUAUCGCG